AUGUCGAAACAACUAUCAACAACAUUCACCACAACCCUAUCCCUAAUUGAACAAUUCCAAAAAGCCCUCACAACCCCACCAACCGAGUCCGCAGAUGCAAAAGACGCCAACAACAUCGAACCACUACCCCUCCUCGGGGCCUCGGCCACAGCACUCAGAGCCCACGUCACUAAACUUUCCCUACUAUCCAUAACUUCACCAUUCACGCACUCCGCCAUUGGCACUGUGCUCCGUGAACUGAAUGAGUCUGUCCUCCCAUCGCUUGUUACGGCCGCGCUCCUCCUCACGCCCGCGCAAUACACGAAGGCAUUCCAAUCUGAGGUCCUGGGCUUGGUUAAGGGUGUUCUUACAGAACUACUGUCUCUAGUUCGGGAAGUGCAGCGCGUCGAUGCUAAAAAGGAAGAUGAGAAGAGUGCGAAGAGUGAUCUGAGUAAAGCGGAGAAGGAUGUUGUUACGCGCGCGACUGGACGAGUCUGGGAUGCAUGUGAUGUUGUCACGGAUGUUUCGUCAAAGGGUGUUGUUGGGUUCGUGAUGCGUCGCGUUGAACAGUGGCGGGAUUUAGUUCGGGAUGCAGUUGAGGAGAUUGAGGAGUGGGAUCCUGAGGAUGAUGAUGAUGAGUUUAUGGAUGAGUUGCUUGGGGAUGAGAAGGAGGAAGAGUCGGAUGAUGAGGAGGAGAAUGCUGCGCUGCUGGAGCAUAAGAAGGUUACGCUGCGGUUUUUGAAGCCUGUUGCGCAGGUUUAUCCGGCUGUUAUUAAUAACCGGUUGAAGAAUGUUGGGGAGGCACCUCUAGCUUCUGAGGGUGGGAUUAAGAAGUUGGAGGCCUUGAUGGUCAAUCUACAGGCCAUUCCGGAUCAUGUUGAUGAGGCUGCGGGUGGGCUUUAUGAGGCGGAUUUCGAGAGGUCUGCUGGAUAUUUGCAGAAGACGAGGAAGUGUGCUGCUGCUGCUGUGGACUUGGUUAUGGCGCCUUGGGGUGCUGCGGAUGCGCCAGCUGAUAAGUUCGCUACCUGGGCCAAGACGUGGCUCAAGGUCGUUGAGGAAGUGAGCAAGACGAUUGGCGAGUGA